GCUGGCGGCGUGACCGUGCCGAGGAGCUUCUUGGAGCCCCUGUUGGACUUCUACUCCAGCGCGACUCAGGGCGUGUCGGAUGCCGAGCAGCAGUUCGCGAAGACGGGCCGGUACGCCGACUUGAGCGCGGCGGUCGAGGGUCGCUUGCGCGAGGAGCUCGCGCAGGGACUGUUCAGCGGUGUAAUCGAGAAAAAGUUCUCAGAGCUCAAGCAGGAGCAUCUUGACCACGAGCUGCUGCUGCGGUUCCUGGUGCAGGCUUUCGUGAGCGUGCCGAGUCCUGCCUUGCAGCGGAGUGUGCUUUGGGGCCUUCUCAGCCGGCCGGGCGUGCCCCUGCUGGACCUGGGAGCCCCGCUGAGCCUCUGCGGUGACCUCCCGGCUGUCAACUGCGCGACGUAG